AUACCAAAUCAUAUACCAUACCACACCGUACCAGGGCAGAUCGUACCAUACCAUACCAUACCAUAUUUAAAAACAUUUUUAUUUCACCAGAUUGGUGUUGUUGUCUUCGCCUCGUUUCUGGAUUACAUUGAAAACAAACCUCUUGUAUUCGAAGUAUUUGGCCAUUAUUACCAACAACCUUCACGUUUGGAACGAAAACUUAGCUCCCCUCGGUAAUGCACAAUAUAAAUAUACAGUUCACAAUCGCGAAUUUUGGAUGUGCUUUAAUAAACAGCCAAGUAACCCUGAACCCAAUUCUAGUUUAAUUUUUGUCUUGUUUUAUUUCAGUCUUUCAGAAUUAGUUCCAGUUCGUGAGAUCAAGAAUGCUCGUACGGCAGAAGUAUCGAAAGAAAGUCAAGGUAAGCUACCUGAAUACAGAACAUGGUAUGAAAACCGAAUAAUCAAUAAAUUCAAACAUUUUUCUAUUUGCAGCUGAUCCCUUGCUGUUACGAUUACCUUCGCCUAAAAGGUAAGUUUCUAACUUUUAAGGCUGUUUUAAAUCAAUUAGCCUUUCUCACGGCCGAUUUUUCCGCCAUUUUUGGAGCCAGCCUCUCCCACUUUUGAGAGUCUCCGCAGCACGAAAAACAACUUUUUAGUAUUAUAGUUGUUUGUAUAAUGGUAAAUUUACAAUUACAACUUUUAAAAGUCGCUUUUCACGUUGUUUGAAUUGUCUAGAAUCAUUUACGAGGGCAGACAGUACCCCCAAAAAUGGCGGAUUUUGGCCUUCGCGAGAAAGGCUAAUGAAACUCGUAUUUCCAGCACUGAUAACUUAGCUUUUGGGCUUGAUUUAUUUGAAGGAGCCAAGAUCCAGGUUUGGUGUAUGAAUUAUUGCUCCGUGUUCAGUUUCUCGAGUUGGCACCUAGCGGAGAGUAAGUAAGAAAGAGGUGUAGGUUUUUGUUGUUAGUGAUGGUGGUGAUGAUGUUGGUGGUGAUGAUGAUGAUGGUGAUGGUGAUGGUGAUGAUUAUGGUAAUGGUGAUUAUGUUCCAUCUGCUCACUUGAUAUAUCUUCUCCCAGGUAUGUUCCAUGCUUCGUCAAACAUUGCCAUGGAAACCUCAAUUCUGGCAUCGUACUUCUUCAUCAAGUAAGAAAAUUACUUCAAGUCACCGGUUUCAGGAAGGGCUAAUUUUCUACUCAUUAGACAUCUUCAUUCUAGGGAAUUCAACGCAGAAUUUUGGUCACAAUUCUUCAUGAUAAUUACCCAGAAAUCAGAUGGAAGGGUGUUGCAGAGAUAUGGAUGGGUAUGUCAUCAACUCAUUGGUCUUUGCAUAUAUCCAUUCUUUCGCACAAAAGCAAAACAAAACUCAAACCUUUUUUGUUUCCAGGUAAUAUUCUUCCACUAUCCUUACGUGAAUCAGAUGGCACGUAUCAAAUGACGUCAUCGGGAGACAACCAAUGGCUGCCACUCGCUCCAGGCCAGAUCCAUCUCUCUCAUCCUGUCGAAUCUAUUUCAUUCUUCAAAUUUGAAAUUCCUUGGGAUUCCUCGUUGCAUAACUCCAAAAACUUGGACAGGUGAUAGAUCAACAUUAGCUAACCUUGUUUACAAUGGACCACUUGCAUUAUAGACUAAAUUUUGAUCUAGACAAAAAUUUUAUCUCAGCUUGAAAGAGCAUCACAAAAUUAGUAAUAUUGCAAAGUUUCGUUGCGAAAUGUUGUAAAAUGCGGAUAAUAUAGCCAUGCGAAGUUUGCAGUUUUUCAGUCAUUUUGUAUUACGCACGGGAAAUUGACAGCCCAAUCGGGUGUUGGGGCAUCAAUUUCCCGUUUGUAAUACAAAAUGACUGAAAAUUGCAAAUUUCGCAAGGCUAUAUUAUCCGCAUUUUACAACAUUUCGCAACGAAACUUUGGAAUAUUACUAAUUUUGUGAUGCUCUUUCAACUGUGAUAAAAUUUUUGUCUAGAUCAAAAUUUAGUCUAUAAUGCAAAUGGUCCAUUGAAGUUGAAAAUAAAAGCAGAUGACUUAAGCCCAGUAAACUUGACAAUUUUUCCUUGACGAGUUGUCAAGGAAAACUUGUUAAGGAAAACCAAGCUUUUCCCUGCCAAGGAGGAGUCUUGUUCCAAAGCUAGUCAUGCCAGAUUUUGGACAAGGAAAAUUUGUUCGUGUGUACGACCGCUAAAGAAAACUUGACAAGCUAGUGUACAAGAAAUACUUCUGUGGUUUUGGCAAACAAAAGACAGUCUUGACGUGAGAUAAAUGUUUAACAACAUUCCUUGCACACGACCAGCAAAACUUGUCAAGGAAAUCAUAUUUAAAAUCUGCUAUGUUUACUUAACAGAGUGACGUAUCCGGGUGAUUUGAUCUCGAUAACAUUGUUUGUUUCCUUACAGGUGAAUUAACUAACUUUAUUUAUAUACUAGAUAUGAUAGCUCUAUCAGUUCUAGUCUGUUCUUCCUAGAGGUCCAGUAAGGGUCAUGUCUUAUUGAUCAAGUGUUACUACAAGAGGAAACCUAAACUAAACUAACUUUAUUUAUACUGGAUAACUCUAUCAGUUAUAAACUGUUCUUCCUAGAGACGCAGUAAAGGUGAUCUGUUAUUGCUCCAGUGUUACUACAGGAGAAAACCGGAACGCCAAAGAACAUUUAUGGUGCAUGUUUGGUACAGUCAAACUGGAAACAUUCUUCUCAAGCUAUAAUGUAAUCUUUUUGUAAUUCUUUUUCAGCUUGAAGGUUUUGAGCAAACUGUCUCUCUUCAGAAAGAACUUCAUGUAGCAAUCUACAACAGAGCAUCAAAGACUGUUCCUUCAAGGUAACAGAUAUAACAGAAUAAUUAUUUAAUUAAUCCAUGUUGUUGUACGUUUUCUUUUUAUUUCAGAUCAAUUUGGAGUCAACUGUUUUCCUCUAAACCCGCAGAUAAUCCUGACAUGUGAGUAGUUUAGUGUGACAGCCUCUAGCCGGGCUAGGUUAAAUUUGAAAAUAAUUUUCAGUCUUGACAAGAUUUUGAAAGUAUGCUUAAAAAAUUCAUUAAUAAUUCACUAGGAAAAUACAAAAGAAAUGAAUGUUUAAUCAAUGUUUGUAAAUCGGAUAAAGAUUUGUCCUGAUUUACAUAAACUUCAGCUUUGAUUUUCUUGGCUUACAUCAAUGUUUAUUUUUUAAAAUUACUUCGCCAACGAACUCAUAAGAUGGGUCAUUUUUUAAGUACGAUAAAACAUUCGCAUCCGAUCUGUAUCUGUAUCUCCCGCCCGCACUAAACGCCUGCUACGCAGGCUAUAUCAGAUCGGCUGCUCAUGUUUUAUCUAGUACUUAUAGUCCAGUGGUAAUCGAUUAAUUAAUUAUUAAAUUUCGUUAUUUUCAGGAAUCAAUGUAGUGGAGUUUAUGAAUUACUAAUUACUCCCAUCAGCGAGAGGGGUAAGUUGUCUAGCGAAUGGAAUUGACAGAUUUGAGAAACAAAAAAAAUUGAAAUCUCUUAGAAAGUCUUUGUGUUUUCGAGAAGCGAGUUUUAUUUCCACAACAAUAUUUGCAAGAGUGGACAUUCUAGGAAACAUCUAACUUUUUCUAUAUUAAUUUUCGUAACAAUUUUUUCUGUGUUUCUGAGCUGUUUCAGUGUUUCAUUUUUUUUCUGUUUCUAGAAGAAAGGGAAAAUACCGCAGUGGCUUAUGUUCGAGGAGAAGAAAAUUUAAAUAACUGGCGGCCAAGAAGUUCGUCUUUGAUCGAGGAGCAUUUUAAGAAUCAAAGCAAACUACUUUACAUCCAAGAGGUUGGGAGUGCUCGAACUGUUAACACUUGUAGGACUCUCUCCUAUUUGUCACCAAAUAUAAGUAUACUACAUAAAAUGAGAAGACGUAUUGUUCACUAAUAGACAAUAUACUUUUGUUAGGUGUGCAAAGUUCGUCAUUUGCUAACGCUUCGCAGUAAACUGUCCACAUCAGAGCACGAUCUUAACUCGACGAACUCUUCAGCUCGCUCCGAGGACAGCAUGUGUUCAGAUGAAGGUUCCAAACACACCGAGUGUGAAUCGAUGAUAAACAUUGAAAAAACGGACAAAGUUCAUGCAAUUUUAGACAAGGUGUGCAUCUGUAUGACAAACGCAACUAACUUUAUUUGAACUGGAUAGCUCUUUCAGUUCUGAACUGUUCUUACUAGAGUUCCAGUAGGCGUUUCUCUUAUUGAUUCAGUGUUACUAUACAGAGGAAACCUAAACUAAAGUAAUUUUAUUUAUACUGGAUAGCUCUAUCAGUUCUAAACUGUUCUACCUACAGGUCCAGUAAGGAUUAUCUCUUAUUGAUCCAGUGUUACUACAGGAGGAAACCUAAACUAAACUAACUUUAAUAAUGAAUUUUUUCUGUGUUGGUGUAAUGUACUCAGGUGAAUAUGAUGCUUGUAUGUUACUCGUGGCCAGGCAUAUUUUUCAAGCUUGCCCGGUGUGGAUAUACACUCAGAGUAACAUCACAAGCAUCCAGUGUUACUACAUGAGGAAACCUAAAUUUAAACUAACUUUAUUUAUACUGGAUAGCUCUUUCAGUGCUGAACUGUUCUCCCUAGAGGUCUAGUAAGGAUCAUCUCUUAUUGAUCCAGUGUUACUACAGGAGGAAACCUAAACUAAACUAACUUUAUUUAUACUGGAUAGCUCUUUCAGUGCUGAACUGUUCUCCCUAGAGGUCUAGUAAGGAUCAUCUCUUAUUGAUCCAGUGUUACUACAGGAGGAAACCUAAACUAAACUAACUUUAUUUAUACUGGAUAGCUCUUUCAGUGCUGAACUGUUCUCCCUAGAGGUCUAGUAAGGAUCAUCUCUUAUUGAUCCAGUGUUACUACAUGAGGAAACCUAAACUAAACUAACUUUAUUUAUACUGGAUAGCUCUUUCAGUGCUGAACUGUUCUCCCUAGAGGUCUAGUAAGGAUCAUCUCUUAUUGAUCCAGUGUUACCACAGGAGGAAAGGAAAGUACAUGAAGAAAACCUGGAAUGUUUGGUAGAGUCAAACUGGAAGCACUCUUCCCAAAUGUGAGGCGAAAUGAUGCUCGGACAGUUGCAUAGUCCAAGAAUUCAGUACCGGUCAGAGAGGUGAAAGGCAUUUGCAUUGUAAAUUUAUGCGAAAAAGCUGAUUAAAUAUGUUUCUUUUAGUGUAUUCACCUGUUAACACAUUCACGAUUGGACCGAAGAGAUGUGAAGGUAUAUACUGUAUAUUGAGGCCAUUUAUUGGUAAUUCUUCUACAUCUGUUGUAGUUUUCGUUGUUUGUUUCUUUUUGUUCUGAAAAUAAUUCUCCUGCUUGUUUUCUAGAAAUUCGCGCAAACUACGUCGGGCGAUAGCAGUCACGUGUCUGGCAUGACGACGGAAAUGAAAGCGAUUGUCAAAAAGUAAGGAUUGGACAAUAGUGCCAUCCAGUCACGAUCCAGUGAUCAGAAUGUCCCAUUGUCUUUUCAUUGUUCUGAAAAUCUCACUGUUCUCCAUGCCAUCCAGUCACGAUCCAGUGAUCCAAAUGUUCCACUGUCUUUUCAUUGUUUUGAAAAUCUCACUGUUCUCCAUGCCCAUCCAGUCACGAUCCAGUGAUCAGAAUGUCCCAUUGUCUUUUCAUUGUUUUGAAAAUCUCACUGUUCUCCAUGUCAUCCAGUCACGAUCCAAUGAUCAGAAUGUUCCAUUGUCUUUUCAUCGUUUUGAAAAUCCCACUGUUCUCCAUGCCAUGUAGAUUGUAGACACUUUUGCCAUUUCUGUUAACUUUUCUUUCAGUAAUGUCGUAGCGAAGAAAGGUUAUCUUGCUGUCCUAGAGGACGACUCGUCUCGUUGGAGGAAACUUUGGAUGGUUAGUAAGAAAUAAUUUUAAAAAUGCAGGCAUUUAUAUCAUGGAGGCUGUACACAUUCGAUGCGUGAGUUUCAUUAAGAAAUAUCGGCAGUUAUCACGCUGAAAAUGUUCUUAUUAUUUUAUCAUUAUGAAAGUAAUGUUACUGUUAUUAUUAUCACGAGAAAAUAAUGUUAAUUAUUUUCAGUAUACGUCGCAGUUUUGUACUUUGUGAAAAAACCCGAAUUUGCUUCCCUGAAACACGGAACAAUAUUUUACCUUCAGGUAAUCAGAAGGCCCUAUGCGUUCUUUUAUCGCACAGAGCAAGACCAGGUUUGUUAAUAAGACUUAAUUAAUCGCUAAUUAGGUUUAAUUAAUUGUUGGUUAGGCUCACUAAUUUCCAGGUAUGUUAAUUAAGGCUUAAUUAAUCGCUAAUUAGUCUCUAACGCUGAAUGAAUAAGAAAGUUUAUCUUAUGAUUUUUUAGAUUGAAAGAAACAUCGUGAAUUUAAGUCACACGAAAGUUUCAUGUCAUGAAGAUGAUAAGGAUUUACAGGUAUUUUUAAAAUAAAUUCAGAGUAUUCAGAACUAUUCUGAGUAGGUGUAAAGGUGGUGGCUGUGUGGAUGGGGGUCUAGUGAGCCUUAAAUCAUCCAAAUUAACUAGUGUAUGCAUGUUGGUUAGAUAGCAACACAACUGACCUCUGGAACCAAAUUAUAAUGCAUCACUACUUUCAUUCUUCAACAAGAUAACUUCAAGAUUUAAGAUGUAAAUAACUAAAUCAGUUUUACGAAAUAGUAGUACGUCGUUUUCGAAAAUAACCAGGUUAUAAAGUAGACCAGGUUGAGGAAAAAUAACUUUGUUUGAAAGCUUUGAGUGGAGGAAGGAGGGCAGAAUUGAUAAUUCGCUUUCCUUAUAUUGCAGGGGAAUAUUAUUUCCUUACAAGCGAAACAUCGCGGAUAUUUGGUGAAACCAAUGAAUCAAAAAGACAAAGAAUUUCAUGAAUGGCUCUACGCUUUUGACCCUCUCCUAGCUGGAACUAUAAGGUAACUCAAGUCAGUGCAUUUUCCGUUAUUCUCUUCAUCGAUGGUAAAUAUGCAGAAAGAACUUUAAAGAUUUAUAAGGAAUAUACUUUGUUUACCAAGCUUCAACCCUUAUCAGAUAGGUUUUUGCUAUUCAUCAACUUAAAUCUUAUAUGUUUGACUCUAGGUCCAGAGCAAAUUCAGUUCGACUUCAGCCUGGUUAGAUGAAGCGUGUCAUUAUACUUUAUAAUUUAACAAAUUUCAUAGAACAGUUUAUUUUAUUUAUUUAGCAGAGCUAGUCUGAUAAUGUUUUUGAAUUGAGAAUUUGUUUAAUUAAUGUGUGUCUGUUUGUCUGUGUCAGAAACUCAAAUUUUCUGGCUGAAAAUGUGGUUUUGAAUGUCAAAAAUAAUAGUAUAUUACUAUACAAAACUACAAAAUAAUAUGUAUAGAUAGUUAAUUAAAUACUGUAUAUUUAUAUAGGCAAUAUAGCCUUUACGUCAUAGGGUAUUUUAACUAAAUACGUACUAUAGAUAGCUUUAAAAUUUCUUCAUGGUUAAAUGAUAUUUUUGUAUAUAGACAAUGACUACUUUUGUAUAACCAAAGACGCAUACAUAUUACAUAACGGAACACAACGACAUAAACAUUUUGCUGCUGUUUGUUACACGUUCCAGCGUUUCAAGCCCACAGUUGUAUCAAAUAGUGUUGGCUGUAAAAACUGUCCACGUUUAUCAAUCAUGUAGUAAAAACGAUGAUUCUUUAUCUUGAAAACGAAAAACGGCUUUUCAUCUAUAAGGGAAGAGAAAAAUGUGAUUGUAUUGUGUUCGUAU